CGGGUGCAUACGGGGAAGGAGAAUACAGUUGGUAGCGUCGGAAGGAGGAAUGUGAGAUGGGAAACAGCGGAGAAGUGGUCGGCAAAGAAGAGGUUAUCACAAAACUGAAGGACGAUGGCGACUUUGACAGGCUUCGUUUAAAGAUCGUUCGUAAGCUUAAGGAUAACGAAGAGCUACGGCAACAUAUUGCUUCAAUUGUGAAACAAUCAGUAGCACUCAAUCGUGCUGGAGCAGAAAAUAUGAAACCUAGACAACUUUCUGAUGUUAUAUAUGAAGAAGUUGGUGAUAAAGUAAUGGGUCAGAUAUCUGAUAGUUUAUGGCAAAUAAUUCGAUCGGGUGAUGGCAUGAAAAAGGAAAUCAUGGAGACGGUGCAAUCUGUCUAUGAUAAACUGGCAAACCCGAAAGGGAAAGAUGAGGUUAUGUUGUCCACAUCUGAUGUGAUGCCAAUUCAGAGACAAGGGGAAACAGCUUCAGCUACUGAAAUUGAUGAUACAUUGCAUGAAAAUGAGCCCGAUGAGCCGCCAGGUUUCACUCUCGGGCAUAAUCAUCUGAAUAAUAACGAGGACCAGGACAAAGGGAAGGUGCAGGUUCAGGUGCAAGGAUUAACUGCAGAAAGGAAGGAAGAUUCCCAUCCACCACAGGAUACUCGUGGUGAAGAUGAUGUUGAUGGCAAUGCCCCCCCUGGAUUUUCAAUGGACGUGGAGCAGAAACCGCCUGCUGAAUGCAGUGAUGAAGACCCUGAUGUACCUCCUGGUUUUGGUUGAUGUAUUGGAAGGUGUUUUAUUUUUUCUUGUAUUCCACAGCCAUUGCUGUUGUUCCAUGUUCCAGUUGUUAAAUUUCUGUUUUCGAUUAUGAUUAACCGGCUAAAAACAAGAGUCAAUCUGGAGGCCUGUUGACAUCCCUAUCAAAUAUUGGAUGCACUAUUUUAUUUGAUAGUCUUAAGGUCAAACUAUUACCUGUAAUCUUUAGUAGGAACUGCUACCAGGUUUUUCUGACAUGGAUGAUGGAUCUUCACGAUGAAUUUUAUUAAAGUCUAUUGACCAAAAUAGGUGCUCUUUAAGCAAUAGUUUGCAGUUUGUAUAUGUUUUUCAUCAUUUUAUUGUUUUUGUCGGAAAUCCUUAAGACAUUGAAAUAAUGCGUUUCCUUAGUGGUUUCUAUUUAUUUUUCACCACUACUCCCAUGUUCGUCUUUUAUUGAGGUGUUCUAACUACUAACUGGUAUCAAUAUCUUGUACAUUUUUCUAAACCAUUCUUUCUAUUCAUUUGAUCAGGGAUUUGCCAAGUACAUGGUUAGUUAUCAAUAGUAGCGAAUAGUUCUGAUAUUGCUCUCGCAGUGUCACAUUUUUCUGUGUAAAGAUGCAAAUAGUCUCUGCGUUGAAAACUUUUUAGUGGUCAAAUCACAAUGAACAGAGCAGACAUACUCAUCACUGCUAGCCCUUUCCACAACUCAAACCCUUCAUAUUGUAGCCAACUCACCCCAAUUUUGCUUGACCUACCUCUAAUAUGGCAAAGCUCACACCUUUGUAGCCUUACUUUUGCCUUUCAACAUCUUUGUUUCCUGUUGUCUUCAUAUCUUCCAUGCUAACCAUGCUCUGGCUCUUCUGUUUUUCUAAAAUAUUGUCAAAUCUCAUUGUCAUCCAUCUAGUUCAAAUACAAUGCCUGCACAGCCAGAUUUUAUUUUUCUUCCUAUCUUCUUUUUUAUCUCAACUGUUUUCUUUUUCCCAAUGUAAUACGAAAAGUCAUUGUUUUGGGGGAUUCAUUUUGUUGUCUCUUUAAACCUUUAACCUCUGAUUUUGCUUUUCAAACAGGAGAUGAAGUUGCCUUCGUUAACAUCUUGUUAGUUGCAACUCAUGCAUAACCUGUUCGAAACAUUUUUGUAAGGGUAAGUAUUGAGUUCUUACAAUUCAUAGUUCCACAUUUGAAUAAUAGUUUUGCUGGCGCUCUGUUUUUUCUGAAAAUUUCGUCAACUUGCUAUUUUUGUUCAAAACCUCCUAUGCUCUCAUUCGCAAUCAUGUCUUAAAUUGAUGAUGAAUCUGCGUUUGACUUUGAAUUUUGUUUGUUAAUCAUGAAUAUAUCUUUAAUUUUGGUUUUCUUUUUUAAAGCAUUUAUGUGUAUAGUACAAAAUAUAAAUCACUUAUCCGUAUAAUCUUUUGUAUAAUGGCCAGUGCUAAAGUGUUGUUGGAGUGGAUCAAUCUGUGCUUGAAAUCUCUUAGGAAACUGGACAGAAUGGAGUGGCCUCUUAAGGUCUAUACCGCGUAGGCCCAACAUCUAGGGUCAACCUUAGAGUAACGCAGGCAGGAAAUGGGGAAGGAGGCAGAGUUAGUUGUGAACAGAGAAAGGAUAACUAAUUCUUUUAUAUAUAGGACGGGAGAGAAUAAUAUAGGGUCAUUUGGAGAAUGUCUUGGUAAUUGGAGUCUAGAGUACUUUACUCUGAUUUGGGGAGGGCGGUGCCAUUUAUCUUUUAUUCUACUGAUUUUCUUUUAAUUCAGAAGUCCAUAAUACUAACUCA